UUCACUUCUGUUCUUUCCUUAUCUAGUCGUAGAAAUCAGUUGCAGAGUUCUUGAUUUUAGUCUGACAUCUCUCUCUCUCUCUCUCUCUCUCUAAAAUAUUUAUAGAUGUAUGUAUGGAUCACUCGUGAAUGGUAUCCCUGUUGCUAUGGCCACUGAAACUUGAUAAUGGUGUUUAUGGUGUCGCUGUAACUAAAAUUCUUCCUCCUUUGCAGAUGGUGACGAUGGAGAACGUGCACACUCAGAUUUUCAUCAAACCAGGGCUAAUCUGACACACUUUCAGUCAAUUCUUGACAGAUUUUUGAACACUAGUUUUUCAGCAAAUGAUUUGAACCCUAUAAAACCAGCAAGUUUCAUAUAUCCUUAACAGAUGGCAGCGUACUUUCAUGGGAAUUCGGAACUACAAGGAGGUGGUGAUGGGUUACAAACCCUGAUUCUGAUGAAUCCUGGCUACGUUGGAUACUCUGACACCCAACCGCCGCCGCCGGGUGGCAGCAACUUCGUGUUUCUUAACUCCAAUAACUCCGGGAAUUCCCUAAACUUACCCCACGCGCCACCCUCUCAAACACAACACUUCGUUGGCAUCCCCCUCCAAGCCACCACUUCCACCACCGUCACCUCAUACCAAGACACUCACCCUCAGCAGGAUCUCCCGGCCCUCAACGGCUUCCUCCCACGCGGUCAGUACAAUCUUUACAACCCGUCGAUGGACCUCACAGAGGCGCGUGAUAUUACACGCGCUCAACAAGGACUCUCUUUAAGCCUCUCUUCCCAGCAUCCACCGGGGUUCGGGUCUUUUAGGCCCGAGAGUGACUCUCCAUCCCGACCCCUUGUGACCACCAAACCAUCGGUUCGUGGGGAAGGCAUUAGGGUUUCCAGGGAAUCACCUUCCUCGGCUUCUGGGGUUUCCAACGGUGUGACUGGUAUGCAAAGUGUCCUUAUGAGUUCUAAAUAUUUGAAGGCGGCACAGGAACUUCUAGAAGAAGUUGUCAAUGUUGGCAAAGAAGUUAAGACUGCUACAGAAUCAGGGAAGUCGACCUUCGGACAAGCCAAGAUUACCGUUGGAGAAUCCUCGGCCGCUGCAAAUAGUAUUGGAGAAACCAGUGGAAAACACAGUGCUGAACUCACUACAGCUGAAAAACAGGAAAUUCAGAUGAAGAAAGCAAAGCUCGUCAGCAUGCUCGAUGAGGUGGAGCAGAGGUACAGACAAUACCACCAGCAGAUGAAGGUUGUAAUAUCUAUGUUCGAGCAAGUAGCAGGAAUCGAUUCGGCAAAAACGUACACUGAUCUGGCUUUACAGACAAUCUCGAAGCAAUUCCGGUGCCUGAAAGAUGCUAUAUUAAGCCAAAUUCGUUCAGCAAGCAAGAGCCUAGGUGAAGAAGAGAAUUUGGGAGGAAAAGUUGAGGGUUCUAGACUCAAAUAUGUCGAUAAUCAGAUUCGACAACAAAAAGCUCUACAGCAAUUGGGAAUGAUCCAUCACAAUGCUUGGAGACCCCAGAGAGGAUUGCCUGAGCGUUCUGUUUCAGUUCUUCGUGCCUGGCUCUUCGAACACUUUCUGCACCCUUAUCCCAAGGAUUCAGAUAAGCUCAUGCUUGCUAAACAGACAGGGCUUUCUAGGAGUCAGGUAUCUAAUUGGUUUAUAAAUGCUCGAGUUCGACUCUGGAAACCGAUGGUUGAGGAGAUGUACACGGAAGAGAUGAAAGAACACGAAAAAAAUGGAUCAGAGGAGAAGACUAGCAAAGGUGGAAAGAAUGGAGUAUCAACAUCAAAAUCUACAGCUGCCCCACAAGAGAAUAGCCCCAGAAACGAAAAUCAGAACAAGAAUUUCGUUGCAAAACAGGAUAACCCUAUUAACCAGUCAAUUUCAACUUGUUCCACAUCUCCAGCUGAUGAAACUUUCAGGAAUAAUCAGUCAGGUUUCAACUUAAUCGGUACAUCAGAAAUCGAAAGCAUUACUCGAGGACGUAGAAAGAAACCACGAAGCAGUGCUGUUCCAUCAACAAACAUGGAUUCGAAUUCGACUGACGCAAACAAUGAUCAAAUUGCAAUGAAAUUCGUCAAUGAGGGACAGAACAGAGAUGGAUUCACAUUAAUGGGUGCACCAACAAACUUAAUGGGAGGAUUCGGUUUGUAUCCAAUGGGGGACAUCGGAAGGUUCGGUACAGAACAAUUUCAGGCUCCAUACUCAGGAAAUGGAACAGUCUCUCUCACCUUAGGCCUCCCACACUGCGAAAACCUCUCCGGCACACAUCAAACUUUCCUUCCAAACCAUAGCAUAAGAGGGGUCGAAAUCAAACAAACAAAUACUCCAACGUCUGUUCACUCCACUAGCAUGUUCGGAAACAUCAACAUUCAGGACCGCAAGAGGUUAGCAGAACAAUUGUUGCCAGACUUCGUAACCUGAUGAGUUACCGUUCGUCUGGAAAUAUACGGAACCCGAUUUUUCCACUUUGACCGUAAGGGGAUGAUAGCAUGCUGAUAGUGUAGAGAUGGAAAGAAAUUACAUAGUAUAGAAAUCUACAGUUGAGUUGGGAGGGAGGGGCAUUUGAUUUCUUAGAGACAGCUUAGGUCUAUUAAACAUAUUAUUGAGGAUUGUAGAUUAUUUUUGUUGCUGCAGAUAAAUAGAUGAUUGCUAUAUAUAUUGGGGUGGUAUAGAAGAAUAAAUCGGUGUUAAUAUCAGAUAUUGAAUAUUGACUGUGUCUGAGAUUAUGGGAUUUAUGUAUAAAUGUUCAA